AUGCCUCUAUUCGCUCGCAAGCGCGCGAGCUCGCAGCCGCCGCUGCCCCGGGGCCCUCCGAGUUCGUCGUCGGCCGCCAUAGCAGCGAGCGCCGCCUUUCUUAACAAGUCUCCGUCGGCCGCCUCGCUGUCCUCUGCCGCCGCCGCUCAAGCCCUCAGAUCCUUGACGUCGUCACCGGAACCCGUGGGAUCUAUCCAGACCAAGCGCAUGGUCCGGAGAGGCUCUCAAUCAUCGGUAGCGAGCGGCGCUGUCAUGGGCGGAAACCCUAGGAACGGCAUGGUCAGAACGACUAGCAAUUCGUCCAUGACCGACCGAACAUUCCGAUCGCCUUCGCCUGGAGGCAGGCAAAGAGCCGUGUCGCCUGCACCCGAUGCGCCUCCAGUCCCUGCCAUUCCCAAGAACGUCAUGAAAUCACAGCGGAGGGCAGCAAGUCUUGACGUGCCCAAUCGCAUCAGCGUGCCCCAGAGCCCAAGUACCCCCAGGAGCGCCAAGCGCAACACCAGUGUCGACAGAGCAGGCAGAACGCUCAACCUGCCUACAAUGCCUGAAUUGAAGAGAGAAGACAGCUCCGGUGUAAACUUCUCACGGCCCAUGAGCCCCAGUCGCGCCGUGUCUCCUCCACCACGCCCAAACUCAAGCGUCGGCUGGUUCACCUCGCCCAAGGUCAGCAAUGGAACUCCUCGUGCGAAUCCCUCGCCUUCGCCCGCCAGACCUCAAUCCGCUCUCGGACUUUCUUCGCCAGCGGCCAGANAAAUACAACAAGACGUGCAGAAUGCUGCCAAUGCGCCCGUCAAGAAGAACAAGAAGACUGUCACUGAAGGCGCGCGUCUCGCCAACGGUACCAUGAAUACAGCCCCUACUGGUUCUGCUGUGCGUAACGCACCACAACAACCUGUGCAGACAAAAGCCGCGCUAUCCCAGCCUAUCCCAGCAGAGACGACGCCCAAAAAGAAGAAGAGAACGACAGUCGUGCCUCCCGUAGAUACUCAAGCCUCUGGAGGCUCGUCGCUCGCGCCCGUCAAUCCUUCUCCUAGCACAGAUGCCUCCAACAGCCCAAGCUCCCCUCGUCCUACGAGCACCUUGCACAAGCAACCAUCUAUGGUUCGCGAAGAUCCGGAAGCUGAAGCUACUGCUGAGGUUCAGUCAAAGCCCAAGCCAAAAUCUACUCCGAUCAAAACUCCGGUCAAACACAAUCUGCUUAGGUCGCUUCGAGACACUGACCCAGGUACUCUGCCAGGAACCAUCACCACGUCCGAAGGAGCGGUCAAGGCUUACGUUGCGCCUGGAGGCACUCGUCCAAGAGCCGCCAGUCUAGAUGUGCCUAGAGGCUACGGUCAGCGCGCUGGCUCCUUGAGUCCUUCGCGCAACGUACAUGCACACUUCGUCGAGGGCUCGUCACUAGUCACACCAAUGAGUGUCAGACAUCAGCCUCCUCCUCGAUCUGUUUCGCCUAUGAAGUCAGCACUUAGACAGUCUCCUGCUUCCUCCGUUAGGAAUAUCUCUCCUAACGUGGCUGUUAAUGGCAGAGCAAAAGCUCCUCCUAGCGAAACAUCUGACACCACGUCUUUGGCUUCUCAGGACGGCAUCAAACCCGCCAAGGUAAAGAAGAGCGUUCGAAUCAGCGAGGAUGGCAAUGCCCCCGUCUCACCCGCUAUCGAUCCCAACGCACGAAGAGAGCUUUCAGGAUCAUGGGCGACCGACGACAUCAACGAAAUCAUGAAGCCACGAUCAGCACUUCCAUCCUUCAGCAGCGUCAGAGGUCGCAAGCUUGAGCAGGCUGAGAAGCCUGAAAAGAUCACCGAGACUGUAUCUUCUAGCAUGACAAACAGCGCAAGCACUUUGCCAGAUCAUCGCGAAGCUUCUAACGACCAUCUAGUGGGCGCCGUUCUAGCUCAGCAUUACGCCCAGAAAGAUCGCAUGUUUGAUAACCAGACGACUCACAUCACAAACGAGCCGCUUCCUCCGCAGGUAACUAGCAAGGAAACAUCAGUCGACAUGUCAGACUCGGCCUAUUCUGAGGACGAGACGGAACCGCAUGUCCAGCCAUCUUCUCAUUUUGAGAACAUGAUUACCAAGGAUGAGACAGUAUCGACUACCUACGAGUCCAAGACCUCGGAACACAGUACAGAGGCCCCUGAAGAAAACCCUAUCGAGGCUGCUGUGCCAUCCCUCGCUCUCCAGCCUCCCACACCUGGCGCUGAAGAGACUGGAUCUCCGCUUGAAGCAGCAGCUGUGCAGGCCGGUCAGAGACCCACGCUCAAGCAGCGCAACAGUAUGCCUGGAUCUUGGGAUGGUGAAGACUGGGCAGAGCACAACAAGCCUGCUGCUCUCUCGAGGCAAGCUAUUCGUGAUGAAGCUCUGUUGUCCGAGAACGACUCAAGCGAUGACGAGGCAGAAGUGCUGCAACCCACUCAGACUACGAUAGAUGAACACUCACCAGUGCUGCAACCCAUCUAUGAAUCGGAUUCUGAUACAAGCGAAGAUUUUGCAGAUGCCGAAGAAGACUUCCACCAUGGUGGUUUCGCUUCUCUCAAUGCCAUUGUCGAGAGUCCUGUGGUCAAGCCUGCAGCUGUUAUUCCUAGCCCUCCAAUUAGCCCACAAGUUGCCCUUCCACCUUCGAGAGCUACCAUGUCAGAUUCAUCUGUUCUCACAGACGAGCAGCUCAUGACGACAGACAAUACUGACUGGAACUCGGCAACUGCGUACUGGAGCAGUUUGAGCAGAACGAAAAAGUUGGAGCUCGAAGCCGAAGCUGAGGCCGCGAUUGCCGCUCCCGUCGUCGAGGCUGCACCCAAACCUAAGAAGAAGAGGCAGCCUGUCGACCAGUUGGAUAUAACAAAUCCCACUACCUUUGCGCCGGCUGUCAUCUCAACCAGAGAUGAUCCCUUCGAGACUGACGAGCAGCAAGAGUCGCGUGCACCUGUCAUGCGCAAGUCGAUGCGCACAUCUGGCGAGUCAGAGCGUACCUCGAGCGAAACUCAGAUGCGCAAGUCUAUGCGAGGUCCUCAUGCGCCUGCUGCUCCUUCGAACGAGACACACAUGCGUACGUCUAUGCGUGCCGGUGGAACGAUGCGCUCUGAGGGAUCUAUGAGAACCUCAAUGCGCGGAGACGCUGGCGGUAAGCCUGCCUCUAAGAGAGUGUCGGCUCCCGUCGCGACUAGCAUUCCUGGAGCAGGUUCGGCCGCUGCUGCAGCAGCCAAGUCGCAGCCUGCGCAAAAGCCCUCCAAACCAGUCGUUGCUCCUCUCCCAGCUUACGAUUCAGACUCCGAAUCCAGCUUCAAGAAGAACAAGCGUCGUGGUUCAGUUUCGACUGUGGAUUCAGUCGGCAAAUACACCAUGAAGCGCUCAAUGCGCUCUGGUUCCGUAGAUGCUGGCCCUCCACCCGCCGAGCGUGGACGAGCACUUUCGCCGCCAGCUUCACCGCCAGCCAAGAACGGAAGUGGCCGAUUCAGCCUGCGUUCUCUCUCACCAACAGGAUCCUUCAUGGGCCGCAACCAAGGCGAGAAGAUCAGGCAGUCCUUGCGUGGGGCACCUGCAGAUGAUGCGCCAACGAUGCGUGGCAAGAACAGCAGAGCUUCGCGUGAUGCAAAGGCUCAAUCCGGCUUCAGCAUGUCUGGCUUUGGCAAAGUAAAGGCAGCACCUGCACCCACACCAAAGGCAAAGUCCGGGNGCUUCAGAUCUCGUUUCGCGGACAGUGAUGACGAAGAUGAUGCUCCCCGAGGCGCAUACCGCAGUCGCUUCGCUGACUCCGAUGACGAAGAUUCUCCUAUCGGCCCUCCCAAGCAUAUGCCUGCCAAUCUUGCACCAGUCCGUGGCAUUCCCAAGCGUGGAGGUCAAGAUUCUGAUUCAACCGAUCUCUCCGACUCUGAAGAUGAGGGUCGCAACGGAAAGAAGUCUGCUGCAAGAGCCAGCAACAAGCCUGCUGUGCCCAGCCAAUCAGACAUAGAUGCAGCAAUGGAGGCUGCCAGACGUAAUGUCGCUGCCAUGAACGGUGGUCGCGAACCUGGUGUACCUCAAGCACCUCCAGUACCAGCAAGCAACACCACAGUGCCGGAAACACCCAUGACACCCACCAGACGCAAGGGCUUCCUCGGAAGCGUACUUCGCAGAAACAGCUCAUCCGUUGUGCCACAGUCACCGGUCGAUUCACAACACCCGCGCAGUCCCACUACAAUGCGCAGUCCCAAACAGCCCAAGCUUCAAAGGCGCACAACACCACAGAAUUGGCCUCUACCCGCUGCACCCACAAAUGGCGAUGCUAGUAACAAUCCCAGACCAACGACCAGCGACGGCGUGCCAGCCAUGAAAAAGACCAUGCGACCAGACCUCAACAGGCGCAGCAUGAGCGGCAACGAGCUCAACACCAUGGCCAACGGAGGCACCAUGCAGAGCGCCAGCUCCAACAAGAAGAAGAAGUUCUCGGGCUUGAGGAAGCUAUUCGGCUUACACGACUAA